CUAUCAAUAUAAGGAGAUUGUGCAGUCGAGAAUAUCAAGUCUUUAAGCGCUUACCUGCAUUAUCCUGAAAUUUCCAUUCUUCUAUGCAUAGGGCCAUCCUUUGAAGGAUUAGUUUUGAGCCUCAGAUGAUGAUGCAUUUCUUUAUAAGAGGCUAGCAUUUUAUCUUGAGUUCCCAUCUCCUUCAUCAAUUGUAGACAUAAGAAAAUGGCAAUAGUUGAAGAUGACCGCUCCAGAUUUUCCUGCCUGAACAAGGAACUUGAGGCAGCUCUAGCUAAGAACAAGUUGCUGGAGGAGGCAAAUCAAGAACUAAGACAAGAUGUGAUCCGUUUGAAAAUGCAGUUGAGUGCACUCAAAGCCCAUGAUAAUGAGAGGAAGGCUAUGUUAUGGAAAAAGUUACAGAACUCCAUCGAUAAAGUAGAUCAAGAGAGACCACAUAUGGAAAAAGGUGUUGGGGAAAGGAACAGACAUUUCCAUGCAGAACUUCUUCAAUACACAUCUGACAAGACAAAAACUGACAUACCAAAACCUAAAUCUAUGCUGACUGUUGCCACACAACCAUUGCACAAGCAUAAAGUGCCACCACCACCACCACCACCACCACCAUCAUCUCCACCAGCCAGAGCCCCAAUAUGUUGUCCUCCUCCCCCGCCACCACCACCAAGCUCGACUGUGGUUAGAUCUAAAUCAAUACAACGAGUGCCCCAGGUGAUGGAGUUCUAUCGUUUACUCAUGAAGAGGGAUGCUCAUCAGGAGCAAAAAAUCAAUCUCGCAACCACUGCUCCAGUUAUAAAUCCAAGGAACAUGAUUGGUGAAAUCGAGAACCGAUCCACUUACCAUUUAGCAAUUAAGUCAGAAGUGGAAACACAAGGAGAAUUCAUAAGCUUCCUUAUAAGAACAGUAGCAACCGCAUCAUUCAAAGACAUGUCCGAAGUUGAAUCAUUUGUCAAAUGGUUGGAUGGUGAACUAGCUUGCCUGGUUGAUGAACGAGCUGUAUUGAAGCAUUUCCCUCAAUGGCCUGAGAGGAAAGCGGAUGCAUUAAGGGAGGCAGCUUUUAACUACCAGAGCCUGAAGAGCCUUGAAUCAGACAUCUUGUUAUUAAAGGACAACCCAAAAUUGCACUUCUCACAGUUAUUAAGAAGGAUACAAGCACUACAAGACAGAUUGGAACAAAGUGUUGAUAACAUUGAGAGGGUUAGAGAAACUACAAGCAAGAGAUAUAAGGAAUUCAAUAUUCCUUCUGGAUGGAUGCUCAACACAGGUGUACUUGGUCAGCUGCAGUUGAAAUUGAGUUCACUGACAUUGGCAAGGGCGUACAUGAGAAGGGUAACCAGCGAACUUCAGGAGAGGAUAAACUCACAAGAUGAGGACCUCUUGCUUCAAGGAGUCCGGUUUGGUUUUCGAGUGCACCAGUUUGCAGGUGGUUUUGAUGCAGAAACCAAGCAUGUAUUUGAAGAACUAAGGUUGGUUCGAACAUCUAGAGAUAAAAAAACAGAAUAUGGUGUGUUAGGAUAAACCAGGUUAGUAAAAAACUACAACAAAAGAUUGUGGAAUUGGGCAACCAACUACUGGGAAGGCGAAAUUGUAAGGAUUUUAUUAGAUAAAGUAUAUAAGAGCUAGUAUAUGUAAUGUUGCUAAGGAAGCUUCUGUUCCAGAUGUAAAGUUUCAAUAUUGCAUUUUCAUAGA